AUGGCAUCUGAGCAAGUUGCUACCUCUGACGACGGUCUGACCCCGGCGCAGAGGCUCAUGCAGAAUCAUGGCGUCGAAGAUCACCAUGUCACUGUCGAGGACGUCCCCGACGAGGAUGAGCUUGCCCACCCUUCUGCUGAGCUCAGCGAGAAGGCAGCUGGCAAGCAACCUGCCUCCAAGAAGCCUGCCCUCAACACGUCGUCUGAGGAGGCCUUCCCGGCUCUCGGUCCCGCCAAGCGCACUCAGGCUCCUGUCGCGCCCACCUGGGGCAAGAAGCCUGCCUCGGUCACCUCCAACGGCGUCAAUGGCAGCGCGCCUGCCCCGUCUGCCCCCAGCCGUGGCCCCGCCCUUCCGUCCAUGAACAUCCCCGGCAAACACACCGAGCGCAUCUCCCUCGCUGCCCACCAGGUCGCCCCCCGCGGUGAGCUGAAGAAGCCCAUCAACGAGAUCGUCCGCGACAUCAACAGGCGCUCCAAGGCCAAGCUCGACUACAAGCAGGGCCAGGGAGCUCUCAUCUUCGAGGCCACCGGUCCGGUUGAAGCGGUCAGGCAGGCUCUCAAGGAAGUCGCCAACGAGGUCGGCUCCAAGCAAUCCGUCGAUGUCCCCGUCCCUGCCUCCGUUCGUGCCCACAUUAUCGGCCGUCAAGGUUCCAAGAUCCAGGAAAUCAGCAAGCGCACCGGUGCCCGCAUCCAGGUUCCCAAGGCCGAGCCGGGCGAGGAUGAAGAUACCGUGGUUAACGUUCACAUCGAGGGCAAUGCCUUGACUGCUGAGAUGGCUCGUCGCGAGAUUGAUGCCAUUGUCAACGAACGCACCUCGACCGUCAACUUGCGUUUGAAGGACAUCCCUGCCGAGUUCUAUCCUUUCCUCGCUGGCCCCAACAACGUCCACGCCGACAGGCUUGUCCAGGGCCGCGACGUCAACAUCCAGAUCCCGCAGUACCACACCUGGCAGUCCCAGGCACCUCCCCAGGCUACUCGCGGCCAGCCCAUCCAGUUCGCUCCCCAGGCCAACUUCCCCAUCCAGGUCUCUGGUGACCGCGUCGCUGCACAGCAGAUCCAAGCUGAGCUCGAGCGCCGCGCUCAGCAACUCCGCCAGCAGUUGGCCAUCGAGCAGCGAUCCAUCGAACGCGGCAGGCAUCAGUUCAUCGUUGGUGACCGGGGCCACUCUCUCCAUGACUUCUUGGAGGAGACUGGCUGCAGCAUUGUCAUGCCCCCGAGCUCCGACGACAGCGAGACAGUCUACAUUGUCGGCCCGCCCAACAAGAUCGAGCAGGGUAUCAACAAGCUUGAGGAUCUUGCUGCUAGCAUGACCAUGGCUACUGCGGAUGCUGCUCGUGAGCACAAGGGUCCCAACGCACAGGCGCAUGCACACAACCUGACUCGCUACCUGCGUCAACGCAAGGCCCUUGCUGACCUUGAGCGCAUGCACGAGGCCAGCAUCGUCGUACCCACAGACCGUGAUGCCCCAACCGGAUGGGAAAUCUACGCUCGCGACGGAAAGAACAGCAUGAAGGCUCGUGGCGACAUCAUGAGCGUCUUCCAGUCGCACCCACCUAGUCGUUUCGCGACCAUGAACGUCGAUCCUUUCUACCACCAGUUCUUGCGCCAGCAGAACGCACCAAAGGUCCGACAGGACCAUGGCGUUCACAUUGUCUUCCCUGACGAGACCGAGCAAUCGCCAGAGCUGAUUCUCGUCUACGAGGGUGACGCUCCUUACAACGAGUACGCCAUUCCUCGUGGCCGACCCUCCCCAGCUGAGGUCAAGGCAUACCAGCAAGGUCUGCAAGACGCCCAGCGAUUCAUCAUGGGUCUGACUAAAAACCAACCACAAAUCGACACUCGUGGCCUUGAUUCCAACCCCAAGUUCCAUCGCAAGAUCGAGCAGUUCGUCAAUGAGCAGCAAGAAGGUCUUACACCCGACCAGGUUCCCGUUCAGGCGCUGUUUGGUCAGCGACGACCGGAGCCUCACAGCCGCUCAAACAACAGCUUCGCGAUCCGUGGACCGUCGAGCGCCGUUGAUGAGCUCAACAAGAAGAUUCUCGCUUUCAUCGAGCAAGCUGAGAAGGACGAGCUUGAGCGCAACCACGUUACUACAUUCGACUACCCCCAGAAGUACGCCAGCCAUCUUGUUGGCAAGGGUGGAGAGAACAUUCAGCGUCUGCGCCAGAAGUACGACGUUGAUGUUCAGAUCAACGACGGUAAGGUCGAGCUGAAGGGACCUUCCGCCAAGGCACAGCAAUGCAAGAAGGACAUUCUUGACAUGGCCAAGAAGCUCGAAGACGAGGCUACACACACCUUGAAGGUUGCGCCUCAGUUCCACCGCGACCUGAUCGGUGCUGGUGGCAAGCAGGUAGAGCGUCUGCAGGACCGCUACGGUGUACGCAUCAAUUUCCCCCGCCGAGCACAGAACGACGAGGAGGCAGCAGAUGCGUCGUCACAGAAGAACGUUCGUUCGGGUCAGAACCAGGAUGAAGUCAUCAUCCGUGGACCCAGGAAGGGUGCCGAUGAGGCCCGCGACGAGGUGCUUAGUCUGCUCCAGUACAUCAAGGACAACUCCUUCAACGACACUGUCUCGGUCGCUCAGAGCAACAUUCCUCGCCUGAUUGGAUCAGGCGGUCGCGAGAUGGAGAACCUCCGCCUCGAGACUGGUUGCCAGAUUGACGUCCCCGGCGCGCGUGAUGCCGCUGAUCCAUCCGGCCGCGCGGAGAUCAAGCUCAAGGGUACUAAGAAGGCUGUUGAGGAGGCCAAGAAGAUCUUGCAGCAGCGUGCCCGCGAGUUUGAUGAUACCAUCGUCGAGACUCUGGAUAUUGACAGGAAGCACCACAGGAGCCUCAUUGGUGGCAGCGGUGCCAACAUCCGCUCCAUUGUCACCUCGGCUGGCGGACCUGACAACUCGCGCGACUUGGCUCGUAUGGUGCGCUUCCCCCGCCCCGAGUCUGAUGAGACGACUAUCCGUGUUGAGGGUCCCAAGAGUGUGGUCGAGAAAAUCGUUGCUGCUUUGAAGACACAGGCCUCCUCGCUGGAGAACCAGACCACCGAGACCAUCGAAGUCUCGCCUGACAAGCACCGUCUGCUUAUCGGCCGUGGAGGUGAGACACGCCGCCAACUCGAGUCGCAGCUCAGCAUCCAGCUCGACAUUCCUAAGCAGACUACCACUGGUGCCGCCCGUAGUCAGGUAAAGAUCACCGGUGAGCCUGCUGCCGUUGAGAAGGCCAAGGAGCAUAUCCUUGAGCUCGUCAAGGGCCAAGAGGGCGAAACUAUCCAGGUCCCCCGUCACCUCCACCACGCCAUCUCAGACAACGGUCAGUUCUUCAGGCAACUCCGCAACCAGCAUAAGGUUACCGUCGACCACGGCGGUGAACAGGUGCCCGCGAAGCCUGCCCAAGCUGAGGCUGGACGCGCUAGGAAGGGUGCUAACGGUGCUCUUCCUUUGAUCACCGACGAUGCGACUGCCGGUUCCAACGAGCACUCAUGGGAGAUCGUUGACAACAACGCUGUGGCAGAGGGCACUGAUACCUCCGCCACUAUCCCCUGGAUCCUGCGUGGACCCACUGAGAGCCUUCCCAAGGCCCGUCAAAGGCUUGAGCAGGCUAUCGAGGCUGCUUCCAAGCCUUCCGCCACUGGGUACCUGAUCCUGCCCGACCCAAGAAGCUACAGGCUCGUUGUCGGACCCGGUGGUGCCACAAUCAACGAUCUGCGCAAGAAGACCGGCACAAAGAUUCAGGUCCCCCGCGACCAAGCCAAGGAUGAGGCUAUCGAGAUUGUCGGUACCAAGGAUGGCUGCGAGGAGGCCCGCCAGAUGAUUCUCGACAUUGUUUCCAAGGGUGGCAACGGUGGUCGUAGGGAGCGUGCUUAG